AUGUCUCACCCCAUCUCAAGCUUCUCUUCUCCUUCCUCCAGAGCCAUGCCACUGCGUACGCAGACUCCAGAGUCGAAAGUCGCCAUCAGCGAGUUGAUCAAUACUAACGGCGAUCAAGGCACACCUUCCCCUACCAUGUCUGGUCAUAGCAAUGAUGCUAUCAAUCUUAUUAGCCAGGACAUGAAGUCUCUGGUUAAAAAGAUUCAAGACCUUCGUCAUAUUGGAAUCGAAGACAACAAGAUUGCGCUGCCCAAGAUUUGUGUCAUAGGUGAUCAGAGCACCGGCAAGAGUUCUCUUAUCGAGGGAAUGUCUGAGAUCAAGGUCCCUAGGAGUGCCGGCACCUGCACCCGUUGCCCCAUGGAAAUCAAUCUCUCUGAAAGUAAUCGUGGCCAGCCUUGGAUCUGCCGUGUGUUUCUCUCACGAAAGUACAUGUUUGAUGGCUCCCACAAGCUUACAAGGGUACCCAAGAAAACCCAGCCCCUUGGCCCUUGGGUUGACCAGGACCAGGAGGAUGAGCUCUUCAUCACACUGUCUGAUAAGGAUGACGUGCAAGAGGCCAUCAAGUGGGCCCAGAUUGCCAUCCUCAAUCCUGGUCAUGCUUCAAGUGACUACAUCCCCGGUAGGAAUGCAGAUGCGACCAUGGACUGUCAGGUGAAAUUCUCUCCGAACGUGGUGCGGCUUGACAUUUCUGCUCCUAAUUUCCCCAACCUUUCGUUCUACGAUCUCCCCGGCGUAAUCAGUCAAGCCGAAUUUGCUGAUGAGCGUUACUUGGUCGCUCUGGUCGAAAACCUUGUGAAGCAGUACAUCUCCCAGGAGAACUGCAUAGUCCUGCAGACAUUGCCCAUGACCGAUGAUGCCACAAAUUCCAGCGCAGGACGAAUCAUGAGGGAUGUGCGUGGAGCUACGGAGAGAACCUUGGGUGUCUUGACAAAGCCCGACCGAGUUCAGACCUGUGAAUCCUACAAUCAAUGGAUAGAGAUUCUGGAGGGGGACAAAUUCUCGCUGGGACAUGGAUACUUUGUCGUUCAAAACAACCCCGAUCCCUCGGUGGGACAUGCCCAAGCCCGUGAGGAAGAGGCCGCCUUUUUCUCAUCAAGCCCGUGGUCCACAGAGCUUGCGCCAUACAGAGAUAGAUUUGGAACCCGAACCCUCCAAACCGCGCUGUCGUCGCUCCUUCUCCAGCAGAUCCAGGGAUGUCUGCCUGAAAUCAUCGGUCAAAUAAAUGCGAAAGCAGAACGCAUCGACGCCGAGCUCAAGAUGCUUCCCGACCCUCCCAGCAACAACGUGCAGUAUAUUUUGUGCCGGAAUAUCAACCAGUUCAAAGAAUUGAUCACCGCACAUCUUGAUGGAGGCUCGUCAGAGUAUCCUCUUCAAAAGCUGUGGGGCCACAUGGCUUUAGACUUUCAGCGGGCCCUCAUCAAGACCCGACCAACCGUUGCAGUGCGAUCCAAGUCUGAUGAGCAGGCGCUCUCGCCCCCAGUCGCGCGUGACGGGGAUUCCGAUUGCGAGAUGACCGCAACAGUGCAAACCGGUAUGAAACGAAAGGCUUCUCCUAGCGACCCUAGUCCCCGCGACAGAAAGAGCGUAGAGCGCCCCUCAGACUAUCAUUACCCUGAGUUUGAGAGGUUUGAAAAGCCUUCACGGGUAUUCAGUUGGGAGCAAAUUCGCGACAUCAACGAGGAGUCCUACCGUGCCGGGAUUCCCGACCAGGCGGACCCAAAGGCCAUUGAAAUCAUGAGACAGCUCAGCGUCGAGCAUUGGAGAGACCCCAUGAAUACGUUUAUCCAAGUCACUCAUAACCUUGUCAAAGAAAUGAUUACGGCGCAGCUGGACAAGGUCUUUCAUCAAUAUUUCCAGACUGGUCUGUACAAGGAGCUCAGACAUAUCAUUGACGGCUUUCUAAAAGGGCUCAAGGAGGAGCACGAGCGCCAUGCAGAGGAAAACUACAAUAUCGAGUACAACAAACCCUUCACCAUGGCGACAUUGACGCUGGACAGAGCCAUCAAAAGUGCGUUUCUAGAGCUCAGUCAGCGUCGCUGGAUAUGUCGCACUGGUAUUUAUCUGAGGCAACGGAAUAUCGAUCGCGAUCAUCCGCGGCGAGAGUCAGAAAGAAAAAAGCUGUCCCCUGCGGACCUCGGGCCGGAUAUGUUUGAGCAGGAGUUGAAGAUGAUGGCGUCCACUAGGGGAUAUUACGACAUCGCCAGCUCUCGAUUCCUCGACUUCACCUGCCAAAGCGUCCAUACCAAGUUGUUUUCCAAGUGUAGGGAGGAGCUAAUUCCCACCAUCGAGGAGAGGCUGGGUAUUCAGGACGACAAUGCGAUGGAGCGUUGCAUGGAGCUCAUGGCCGAACACCCUGAUCGCCAGCGCCGUCGCAGUCAUCUACUCAAAGAACGGACAAAGAUUACUCGGGCACAGCAGUCGCUUGAGACUGCCAGAAGAGAGGAGCACUGUGAUGAGUAUGCCAGCCGUGUCAAGACGGAGCCUGCCAACGAAUGGAUGAAUCGUGAUUCGUUUUUUAAGGUGUGAUGGAUGAGUAUGUCGAGGACUUUGUGUGUUCCAUUGGAAGAUUGAAGCUGUCGCGAGAUUGACGGAGUGAAGACUGGAGGAGUGAAGACCGGCGGGGUAGAGAAACCCCACAUCGCUGCCCUGAGCCCUAAGCCCUAUCCUUCCCCAAGACGGUCAUGAUAUUACCUACUGGGAAUGAUUCUGCUACGAGUCCAGGUAUUGGCAUUGCAGGGAUGAGUUUGAU